AUAGGCUUGCAAGGCCCAUCUGCUUGCAUCCAAACUGAAUCUGAAAACAUUCUGAUUUUGGUGAGAACUGGGAGAGUUGUGGUGUAGGUGUGCACCAAUGUAAGGAUGCAUCUGUAGUAUACAGAUACUAAGUAUAGAGAGAGCAAGUUAUUCAGUAGGGGAGAAUAAUUACAUAAAAAUUACCUAGUUGUCACAGAAGCAAAGACAGAAUAAUUUAAAUUGUCGUAAGCACACUUGAGAUAUGCUCACAGCCUCCUCAGAUUUUCUUCUCGAUGGUAUUUGGCUGAGAAGUUGCUGGAGACAGCUUUCACAGAGCACAAAAAGGCCACCUGCAUGGGGUCAGGAAGAGCGUCCCCUGUUGCUGCACCACCAUGAAGGCCUGGCUCGAAGUCCACCUGCAGCACCUUGGUGGAGCCUUUCCUUGCAGCAGAUUGCUACAGCUGAUGCUGCCAAGGCUGCUGUCGGUUCCUACAUUUAAUCCUCAUUCUCUCAUCUUGCAGAGGCUUCCCUGUUGCGCUGCUUUCCUGCAAGCGCUCUGUGUUCCAUCUUCAUUUUAUGCUUAUGAAAGAUGGGAUAAGUGUUAAUUUAUGCUAAGAUUAGCCUCCUUUUAGUUAAGCAUGAGAUUGUAGACAUGCGGUUGAGAGAAGAUGGUUCAGGAGGUCACUAGUCCACAGCAUGCAGUGAGGCAACACCAUGGCACAGCCACAGAAACCAGAUGUGAAUUUGCUGAACAGUGGGGGGCUGCUGACAGCAGAGCCUAAGGGCCGGCAGCAAAUAGUGAAAAAAUAGCCCCAAGCAUCCUCAGAGAUGAGUGGCAAAUGCUUUUCUACAAUGUGCUUCAAGUGUUGUGGGAAGUGUAUUCCCACUGUCCCUACUUGCAGCGCUGAUUCAUCAAUAGGUUUGGUGGGUUGUUGGUUUCUUAGCUCAUUUGGCACUCCCGUACUUGACCCAUCACCUAGGACACAAAGAAUGCUUAAUCUCUUCUAGAUGACAACUGGAAGGUUGUCUUCCCUUCCUGUUGCCUGGAGCAAAAAAUCAAUUAAGUGCAGGUACGUUCUCUGUGGGUGACAUGUGAGCCCAGAUCCUUGGCUGCUGCGAUGGCCAUUCCCUGAGCUGUGCCGUAAUGAGAUCCACACAUCACAUUGCUAGGAAACAAUACAGGUUUUUUCAAUCUUAUCCACCUUCUGCCCCGUUAUCUAUCUCCUGUGUGCCAUACUCCUUGCUGUUACUGUCCUCCCAUGGAGCAACGGAAUAAUUGAGUUCUGUGCAAGGUGAUUUCAGAGGGACGGAUUGGAGCUGAUGCUGGAGGUAGCACACGUUACUGCUGCCUGCAUCCCCUCUCCACCUGAAAUGAGGGGAAAUGGCCUCGUGCUGAUGGCCUGUGCUUAGCUCUCAUGGAGAACUGUACCCUAAUUAGAACCCACUGCCUACCCUCCAGAGAGGAGCAGUUUCCAAAUGCAAGUUACUGUAACGAAUGAAUGGCAGCGAACACGUCUCGUUAGGGAGCUUCUAACAUGACGGUUCCUUGUGGUUGCCUGAUGUGUGCUUCUGUCUCUAGGCUGAGAUUUCAGCCAAAAGAACACAAUUUCUCCCCUUUUUAGGGAGGGAGGAGGCCGCGUGUAUUCUUUUUAAGGAUGGCCUCCACUGGAAGCCACUUGCAGGCUCGACGUAUGCUCCAUGGCCUGCAUUGCAAUGUGCCAACACGCUGCGAAGCAAUUAAUAUCCUUACGACAUGAGUGGGCAUCGCUGAGCUCCCCGUUGGUAUGAAUGGGGACGUCGAGGCAGCUCCAACCAUGGCUUCAUGUGGUUCUUCAGCAGCACCUGUAAUCAUUUCCUGGAGGCUCUCCCAUCAAUCAUAACAGCUAUGGAUGCAGUUUUAAAGACAGAUUUUGACAAAUGUGAAGGAAAGAAAGACCCCUAUGACUGAGGCACCUUGUCAGGUGUUUCGGCUGAGGUUAUGCUUAAAUCCAGGCCCCGGCUGCCCUUAACCCCGCAGUAAAGCUGCGGCUCCUGCAGUGACCUACAGUGACAGGUUUCAGGCGGCAGAAAAACCGCUGCCAGGAGCAGAACUCCCAUCGCACGCUGUACCUGAUCCGCGGAUCCCCGCCGUCUCUUCCUCCCGGCUGCGUUUCCGCUCGCAGCCGGCAUUCAAGCCGCGAACCGCGGCUCAGCCUUCGGGAGGAUCCUCUUGACUUCGCCCGCUGUGCAUCUGCUGCUGCUGCCGCGCGCCCUGCGCGGGGAAGGAUGGUGGCGAGGGACGGUGCUCCGCGAACGGGGCAGGAUGCCGAGCCGGGGUCAGAGCUGGGAGAAUCAAGCACGAUCAGAGGCAAACUUCACUCAACCCGUGUCAGGAGCUGAUCAGAAUCCAAGGCACAGCAGCAGCUGAUUGGCACUGGGGGGCAGAACACCUCCACUCACUGCCUCCACGUUGCUUCAAGCAAGUUCCUUGCUCCCGUCGAACUGUCCAUGGGCUGAAUAAAAGUUGUUAACUCUUGGCUUGACUUGUCAUCCUUUGGGGGAGUAAAACUGAGGUCAGACUGUCCAUUCAAUGGUGUACUGUUAGAGGAGCACGACCUGAAGUGGGGUAUCUCAGAGGUGAGAGUGACUGGUUCUUCAAGUCUGCCUAGGACUCCUUGGAGAGGCAAUAAGGAGAGUAAGAAGAUGCAAUGGGAAUUAUAAAGUGAAUGCAAUAGCUUCAUUGGAACAGCUCUGCACAUUGCCAUGCCUGCUUGUUAAGAAGCAACUACUGUUGUUUUGAGGACAAUUUGGGGAAAAAGCCAUUUGAGCGUUUCUGCAGCUUUUAUGCAUUAAUCAAGAAAGUCAAUACACAGACGAAGGAGAGGUGCAAAUAUGGCAAAGGCUGCUAAGGAGAUACAAAUGGAGAACCCGAGCGAGCUGGAGACUCCUAGCGUGGGGACACCAUGUCCCCCAUUGGAAGAACAGGCAGAAAAACCCUCCAUGCUCUGUUUUAAGAAGCGGAAGAAGUCCUGUAAGAAGGGGCUGACAGCUAAGGAUGCAUGUGAGGGAGCUUCUGGAGCCUCGGAGGAGAAAAAUCAAUGCAUCAGCACAGACCCAGGGGAGGCAAAAGCUUCUGCUCGAUUGCAACCCUCCAGAGGAGCCUGGGCAGCUCUCAGAAGUCUCACAAAACCUCGGAGAGGGCAGAAAUCCUCUUCACGGAAGAAGGCGUCUUCCGAUUCCCAGGUGCAGCUAGAGAUGGAUGUGGAGGACAGCUGUGCACAAGGUCUUCCAAGGAAAAAGGCCAGCACAGGGGUGAAGAUGCCCUGUGUGCGCUUCUUGAGAGGCAAGAAAAAGCCCAGCCCCUCAGAAGUGGUGGAGGAGUCAGAGGACAGCAUUCAAGCAAACGAAGUGAUGGGCAUUUUGAAUAAAGCCAUUGAAGAGCUGGAGGACAUGGCCCCAGCAGAGCCCUGCGACAAGGCUGAGUCCCUCAUCCCCCUCCCUGCAGAGGACAUGGCCCCAGCAGAGCCCUGCGACAAGGCUGAGUCCUUCAGUCCACUCCCUGCAGAGGACAUGGCCCCAGCAGAGCCCUGUGACAAGGCCAAAUCCCAUAGCCUGCUCCCUGCACAAAAUUCGGCCCCAUCAGAGCCCUGUGACAAGGCUGAGUCCCUCAGCCCACUCUCUGCAGAGGACAUGGCCCCAGCAGAGCCCUGUGACAAGGCCAAAUCCCUUAGCCUGCUCCCUGCACAAAACUCGGCCACAGCAGAGCCCUGUGACAAGGCUGAGUCCCUCAGCCCACUCUCUGCAGAAGAUGUGGCCCCAGCAGAGCCCUGUGGCAGUGCUGUAGCCCUAAGCCUGCAGCCUGCAGAGGACAUGGCCGCAGCAGAGCCCUGUGACAAGGCUGAAGCCCUAAGCCCGCUGCCUGCAGAGGACCAGGGCAUAUCAGCAGAAGGUGCCAAUGCCAAUGGGAGGAGUGAGUCCUCGGGAGAGGCCAGACCAGAAGUGGAUGAACACGCAGAGUGCAUCACUCAGUCAGAAAUAACCAGUUUGGAGCCUGUCAAUGAACCUGUGCAAGAAAAGCUGCCUGAGGGGAGUCAAUCUGCAGCCCAAGUGGAAGAGAGGGAAGUCACUCCUGAAGCACCGGUUUCCACAGAUCAACCCAAUGGCACCCCUGAAAUCACCGAGGUGCAGGAAAUAGCCACGAUCUGCAAGGAGCUUCCUGAAAGGGAUGAGUCGGAGAGGAACACUGAUCUCCCCAAAGAGUGCAAAUCUGAGGAGACCACGAUGGAUUUCAGUCCAUCGGUGUCUAAGGAUGAUGCAAUGAGUGUGCAGAGCAGCUCCAGCCAUCAGGAGAAACCUGAAGUCAACAUGGGCACCGGCGUUGGUAUCGUCAUCACCAUCACUGAAGCCGUGGACUCUGACGACACCGAUUCUGACCAGGCCUAUGAGCCAUCCCCGGUUUUACACCACAAGAAGCAAAAAGGGAAUAAAAAAUCCAGUGGGAGCUUUGAUUUUGGUCAAAAAGAAGGCCCUGGGGCUGGCAGUGAUGCUGUGGUGGAAGAGAAAGGUCUGGGCGAGCAGGAGCACAGGACUUCAGAUCAGUAUGAGUUGCUCCUCAUAGAAACGGCGUCUUCCCUUGUGAAGGCGGCCAUCCAGUCAUCCAUAGAGCAGCUUGUCAACGAGAUGGCUUUGGAACAGAAUAAACACAACAGUUUUCUGUGAGGGUGAUGAUGCCCCCAGAUUAGGGUGAUUCCAAGCUAUUUUGGCCUGAGGAGGGAAGCAAGAGGACUCUGGAGGCCACUGCUUAGUUAACUCUGCAUGCCUGUGAAGUUGUGUGUGUGUUCACGUGUAUGAAGCUGGUGCUGGGGCAUGGGACGGGCCGUGCUGAGCACAGCGAGUGCACUAGGCCUGGCUGCAGGAAAGUGCAAGUGUUGUGGUGUUUUCAUUUACUAGCAUCUUUAUGUUGAGGCCGUGUUUCUGCUGUCUUCCGUUCCAGACUUCCCUGCUGUUAGUGGUUUAAACGUUAAUGUGCUUUUAGGAAGAGGCUCCACAGGCAGUGAGAAACCUCCUGCCACUGGGUUCGGUUCAGUGAGCGUUGAGCACAGCUGGAGGUUUGCUCAGUGGGUACAAGGGAGGGAGAAGGGGCUGAGAUGUGCAGUCAGUGGCAUCGAUGCCAAGUAGUUAGCACUGCAUUCGGAGGUAUAGGAAACCGUGGUCUGAAGUCCCAUUAGGUAGAACUGAGUGAAUGCAGUGAGCAGCACAGUUUGGCCAGCCUAAGGCCCCAGCUUACUCCUCCAGCCUAUUCCCUUGUCAGAAGCAGCCUGUGUAUCAUCCAUCCCACUGCACUGCAGCAUCAGCUCUCCUUGCUGACUUCAGGCUGCACAAACACCAAGAGCAUGCCCUCGCUUUGUCUGCUGGGGCCCAUUGCACUGCUAAGCACAGGCCUCCCCCUGGUGUAGUGAUGAGGGCCAGGCUGGAGCAUGCUGGCCACAGGGAGCCCCUGGCCUUGCCUUCUUUUGUCUGCCACAGUGAAACUUCCCUUGGAUAUGAUGUUUUUGUUUUCUUUUGUUAUUAAUGUAUGGCAUGUCAUAUAAAUAGCAGUGUGCUGCAUGCAGUCAACUCUUGCCUCGGUGUUGAAAUAGCGUGGUAGCAAGGAUGUGCUGCAGGCCAUGGAAUUGCUCCAUGUAGGGAGGGGAUUUGGGCGCUGGGUGUGUCCAUGUGUCCAUCCAUCCCUUCACUUCGCAGAGACCCCCUGCAGAAAUCCCAGCUGGCUCCGUGGUGGCCAGUCCAAAAUGCACCCUGAACACCGGAGCCAUCUCACCAAAGUCCUCAGGGAAAACCCAGACAUGAGGGCUGGGGACACUGCCACAAAACACCCAGACAGGCCAACUGCUGUCAGAAAAAUACAAACUGCUCUGUUAAGGAGGUGUGCAUGCAGCGUGUGCACACGUGGUGCAUGCGGGUCCACAUCGCCUCUCACUGCCAGCCCUCUGGAAGAAAGGGGCCUUUUGAUAAUUUAGGAUUGCAGCUGCGCGGUUGGGAUUUACACACUGCUGCGUGAAAGUCUGCCUUUUCUGCUGAGAAAGUUCUCCUGCCCCAUUCUCAGCCUGUACAGAAAUAGCCGCCUCCCCUGGCAACUGCUCAGUGACCACAGUGGCGACACAGAGGUUUUCUGCUCGGCGCUGUAAGAACACCGGGGCUGACAGUACUCCAAGAACCCAGUGCACAGCCGUGUUUUGAACUUUGAGAAAGGAUCUGUGCUGCUGCGAGAGAAGCACCAGCAGUGAGUGCCAUGGUGUCUUUCUGUGCACGUUAAAUUUGGAAAAAAUCAGACGGACAUUUUUUUUUUCCUGUGAAUUUAUUUAACGUGAUCAAUAAUUCAGCGUGUAUAUUAGUGGCUCUGCACUUCCUAUUGUUCCUUUCAGGCAUUUUGCCAUCAUUUUGAAAGGGGCUUUUUCAGGACCGUGUAUGGCUUUGGAGCUGCUGCAGCACCUGGGAAGAGCUGUGCUUGUGCUGGAGCUGUGCCCUGGGCUGUGUGGGCACUGGGAUGGGUUGGUGCCGAUGGAAUGGCUGCAGCAUCUCCAUGCCUUGGCUGCAGGGGUACCUCUGGGUUCUCAGCAGGAGAUGCCAAAACCCCCGGGCAUGGCCAGGCUCUUGUCUCCAUGUGCUGAGCAGUUUGGGGAGGAUUUAAUGCUACAUCAAAACAAAACAGUACAUUGCAGGAGGAGGCACUCCUUGCAAUGGGGAGAGAAGAGCAGCAUUGUGUGGGUCCAGCCCAGAGCCUGCAGGACUGACAGCUGCUCUGUACCCAGGGCUGUGUUUGCAUCCUUUUCAUAGCUGUUUUCCCUCUGUUCCACUCAUACAUGUAACUUGCAAUUAGUUCAUUAAAGUUGAGUGUACCUCUUG